AUGGGAUUGUUGAAAGAGAGCCAAAUUCUAACAUGGGAAGAGACCUGCGCUCAGGCAUCAGAAAUAAAAAAGAAGGGAAUUAAUCAUUUUAUUAGAAUAUACAGAAGUCAGAUUGCACCCAGAACGAAGGAAUUCUUGUGGGGUGAGGAAUUAGAGCAGCAUCUGAUAGUUAAGAUUAAAGGCAGUUGGAUUCUUUUAUUGGGCACUAACCAGCUUAUUAACGAAUUAGUGUGCAAUGAUACUAUAUUGCACCCAGAAUAUGCUGGGUAUAUGCUUGAAAGUACUCCUAAGCAGCCGUAUUCACCUACAUUUAAGGAGCUGGCAGCACUUGAGCGCAAGAUAGAAACCAGGCGGGGUGCAAUUACAGAGCUGCUUCAUAAAAAGUUUGGAAAGGAUGCAUCUAUUUUGUUUCUUCCUUGCUUUCCUUUACUGGGAACUCCCAUUGCAUUUGGCACCGGAGGUUUAUCUAAGGAUGAGUGGGUGAAUAAUUGGGUGAAAAUAUUCAACAGCACAGAUCCUUCAGAUGAUAAACCGCCAGUCUUAGAAGAGGCCUCUAAGGGCACUUUGCUAGAAAAAACUUUAAACUUAGCAAAGUAUCCCUCAUUCAACAUAACAAAGAGUGUCCACUACCCAGACUUUGCGAUAACCCCGCAUGAGAGGUUCUUUGGGUUCAGUGUUAACAUUCAGAAGAGAAAAGGAAAACUUUCCACCAUAGAAAUCCCAUUAGCAAAGAUAGAAAGCACUGCUAAUUCAGAAAAGGCUUCAAAUGAUUUAUCUGGGGCAAGCGCUGCAGGGCAUGCUGUUAUUGAUAGUAUGGGCCAGGGGAUGGGAUGUGCCUGUCUCCAGAUUACCAUGCAGAGUGAGUCACUAGAUGAGGCACGGCAGUUAUACGAUAACAUCGGGGCAAUAUGCCCAUUACUACUGUUUCUUACUGCAGCAACAUCUAUUGUAUCAGGAAAGCUUAUAGAAACAUCUACAAGAUGGAAUAUUAUAGCCUCUUCUGUUGACUGCCGUAGAAAGGAGGAGACGCACAUAAAGAAAAGCAGAUACUCCUCAAUUGAUCUGUAUGUCUCUGAUAUGCCUGAGCACUUAGAUAAAAUAUACAAUGACAUAUCCCCACCACUAGAAGAGUCUGUGCUAAAAACUCUUUUAGAAGCAAAUGUUGACAGUGCAAUGGCAAAGCACGUGGCUUCAUUGUACAUAAGAGACCCUGUGCUGUGCUAUGCUGAUUCAACAGAAAUGGAUGAUUUUGAGAAUAUUCAGAGUAGCAACUGGAGAAGUAUGCGACUAAAAUUACCAAAACCAUCGAACGACAACCACACAGGAUGGAUGGUUGAAACAAGACCCAUGGAAAUACAGCCCACAUCCUUUGAAAAUGCAGCAUAUUCUGUGUUUGUCGUUCUAGUAUCUAGAAUGAUGCUUUCUCUGAAUGCGAAUUUUUAUCUCCCAAUUUCAAAGGUAGAUGAAAACUUUGUGUUCGCAGACCAGCAGGGAGCAGGCAGGACCUGCCUGCAGGACUAUAUAAAUGCAGAAACCGCCCAGACUUUCUGGUAUAGAGAGAAUAUAUUCUCAGAUGAGGCCCCGAUAAUUAAGAAGGGAACAAUUAAAGAGAUAUUUAUGGGCACAGACGGCUACAUAGGAAUUCUUGGGGGAAUAAAAGCAUACCUCGCAGAAUAUACACCAUCUGUCAUAAAUUCUGUUAUGCCAUACCUCCAGUUCAUAGAGGAUAGAGUGUGUGGAAAAAAAACAAGUGUGGCCACAUUUAUGCGAAAAUUUGUUGCUGCACACCCAGCAUAUAAAGGAGACUCUAUAGUCUCUGAAGAGAUAUCCAAUGAUCUUAUAGAACAUAUGCUUAAAAUAACAGAAAAAAACUCGUCAGAAUAUUUAGCCAUAUAAAUACUUGAAUUAUGUUAUUUAUGACAGAGGAUAGCCCAGAA